AUGCCCAAGCUCUUUGUGUCCAAACUCCCUAAGAGUGUCCCCGCGGAUGAGGUGGAGGGUUUUCUUGAGGGUCUGUUCCCCGACGCAACACACAUUCAGUUGCUGCGCGGCUCCUAUAGUGGUUCACACAAGGGCCACGCUUACGCGCACUUUGCUAGCGAGGUAGCGGCGGCAGAUGCACUGCAUCGACUUGGGGAGACGUCACCACCAACGCUACACGGCGAGACAUUUCGGGUGAGGCGUGGUGGCCGCGUUGAGGCAACUGAUAAGAGCGUUAUAUCACCACAACCACUUCCUCCGCAGCUCGCAGAUCACUCGUACUCUCUCUGCGCAUGUGUUUCCCCGUCGCUGGCCGAUACAUUGGAUGAUGUUGUGGACCGCUGCCAACUAAGUCGAAGCGGUGGCGGCGCGGUGGCAGUGGUGUUUGCCACGGAGGAGCGUGCGACUGCUGCAGUGAUGGCGCACCGAGGACGCGUCGCUCUCUGCCUUCCUCCGCUUUUACCACAGCUGCUGUCCUCUCGCGCAGCGAAGAGGCGGAGGCGUGAGCGGGAAGAAGACGGUGCUGAUGAUAAUGAGGAAAGAGAUCCAGGGGAUGAAGAAGAUGAGGAGGUUGAGGGCGAGGGUGAGGGCGGCGAUGGCGACGGCGAUGUGGUGGUGGCGUACGAGCGCCACGGGCUUGUGCCCGUUUCGCCGGCGCAGGCACUGCUGUUGGUGCGGGAGCUGAUGGAGGGUCGCGGCCGCAUCGCUGUCAAGGACCGGAAGGGGCACGUGGCGGUGUUGAAUCUACCGGCUCACGCGACUGCGCUGGAGUGA